UUCCGUCAGUUUUGCUACCAAUUUGAUCGAAUAUCCAAAAACCCAAAACCCAAAAUCCCGAGGAUAAAUAUAUCUACAGGUUAAACUGGUCAGCUGCCCCCAUGAAUUCGGAAGCUAGGAACAACUGCAAGUAGGAAGCACAUUAUAAAAGGGUGAAGCAAUGUUAAGAGCAACCCAUCUCCCGCCCGUAGCAUCUCCAACUUUCUUCGCUCUCAGGCAAUCUUCGAUUCCAGCUCUCAGCGUCUCGUCCUUAGCUUGUUAUUCUCUUCACAGACUCUCCACAUUUUCUCCCUUUCACUCUUUCUUCUCCAAACCGCUCAAACCCACUCGACCUUAUCUUCCCCCGCUUACUCUCAGGCAAGUCUCUCCCAUGGUGGGUCAUCCACGACUCAGACCAUCAGCUUCAUUUAAUUCCGAGAGUGGCUCUGGAGAUAGCAGAGAAAUAUUGGUACAGCACUUGCUUCUAAAAGAAGAUGACCAGAAGCUCUUGUUGGAGCUUCAGCAGAAAAUUGCGGGAGGAGAGGAUUUAAGUGAUCUUGCUGUUGAAUACUCAAUAUGUCCAUCCACAGAAAAUGGGGGAAUGCUUGGGUGGGUCAGAAAGGGGCAAAUGGUACCAGAAUUUGAGGAGGCUGCAUUUAGUGCACCUUUAAACAAAGUUGUGAAAUGUAAAACUAAUUAUGGAUGGCACUUGUUACAAGUUCUAUCUGAGAGGGAAGAAUCAUUGCUUAAAGACAUUCAACCAGAGGAGUUUCAUGCAAAAAUGCAAGAUCCCAGUUUCAUUGAAGAGGCUCAGUUGAUAGAUGUCCGGGAACCUGAAGAAGUGUCGCAAGCUUCUUUGCCAGGGUUCCAGGUUCUUCCUCUCCGCCAGUUUGGAAGUUGGGGACCAGAAAUAACUAGCAAGUUGGAUCCAAUGAAGGAUACAUAUGUCAUGUGUCACCAUGGCAUGCGGUCAUUACAGGUUGCCAAGUGGUUACAGACUCAGGUUAAGUGUAUUAUCAUUACAUUCUCCCUUUUACUUUAUUUGUCUUUCACAGCUCUUGUGUGUGUUCCUUUGGCAUUCACGUUCUCUUUCAGGGGUCUCAUUAUGACUCAUAGCUCCUUGUGCCUCCCCCACUCCCUUUUUAGAAAAACCAGUGGCCAGGGAUUUAGGAAAGUGUUUAAUCUAUCUGGGGGAAUACAUGCGUAUGCAACCAAGGUGGAUCCUUCUGUUCCUACAUACUGAGAUUAUCUCAUGCAUCCCUCGCUCCUCUUUCCAAAUGUUUUCUUCGCAAUUUUGAAAACUUUACCCUUUAUGAUUGGGGUGGAUUUGCAUAUCCAAGCUGUAAUAAUGCAUCAAUCUGCUUUCCUUUUACAAAGUAUGCAAGGUUCCUUGGGAAACACGUUGCACAAGCCAUAUGCUGCUUGGAAACGGAACUAGUCCAUAGUUUUGGCUUUGCACUCCUAGAUACAGAGUUACAUUGACAAUAAUUAUGAAGUUGAAAACAAAAAACUUUAGUCACAAUCUAUUGUUGCCCUUUUUCCCCUUCAAAACAUGAUGUUGUCUAAUUACAAUUAUAUUGUACUACUUGAUUAUUUGGAUUUA